AUGAAAACCAGAACAAGUAUUAUAGAAUUAUUUGAUCAAGCUAAAACAAACGAGAAUUAUUUAAAAGUAUGUGCACCAAUGGUUCGUUACAGCAAAGUGCAGUUCAGAACACUUGUUAAAAACUAUGGAGUAGAUCUAUGUUUUACUCCAAUGAUAUUAGCAGACUCCUUCUGUCAAAAUUCCAAGGCUCGCAGUAGUGAGUUUUCCACCACACUGAAUGAUACACCAUUAAUAGUGCAGUUUGCAGCUAAUAGUAGUGAUGCCUUUGUUGAUGCUUCAAAAUUGGUGUAUUCUUAUGCAGAUGGUGUUGAUUUAAACUGUGGUUGCCCACAAAAAUGGGCAAUGAAAGAUGGUUAUGGUUGUGCACUUUUAUCCAAGCCUGAAACUAUAUGUGAGUUAGUAAAAGCAAUAAAGAGUAAUUUGCCACAUAACUUCAGUGUAUCAGUUAAAAUAAGGCUAUUAAAAGAGAUAAAGAAAACAAUUAGUAUGUGUCAACAAUUAGAAAAAUGUGGAGUUAACUUUUUGACUGUACAUGGGAGGACACCAACACAAAAAAGUGGUGAUAAAAUAGAUACAAUGGGCUUACAAGAGGUUAUUGAGUCUGUCAAUAUUCCAAUAAUCGCAAAUGGUGGUAUCAAAACAUUAGAAGACGCGGAUAAUUUGUAUCAAGAAGUAAAGUGUAAUGGAGUGAUGGCUGCUAGUGGAAUUCUAACCAAUCCAGGAUUAUUCAGUGGAGCUACCAAAACUCCUCUAAGUUGUGUCAAAUUAUGGAUGGAUAUGAAAGAUAAGGAUGUUGAUAGCAUAUCAUUUCAAUGUUACCAUCACCACUUAGUGUUUAUGCUUGAAAAAGUUUUAUCAAAGCAACAAAAAUUGGUAUUUAAUCAUCUAAGUACAUUUGAAACGGUUGAUAAAUACUUAUAUGAGCAUUUGAUUAAUUGUAUGGAUAGCUUAGAUGUUAAGCAUAAUCUAGGUAAAUUUGUUGAUUGUGAAUAUCCUUAUGAAAUCACUUCAAAGCAUUCUAGUAAAUGUAGGUCUUGUGGUAAUAGUACAUGCUAUUGCAUCUGUAAUAAAUAUAAUUCUAACAUUAGUGAUGGCAAGUAUUUCAGAUCUUGUGUAAAAGAUGAUUCCUUAGAUUAUAUGGACUGUAGUAUUUUUGAUUUAGUUAGCUAA